CACACUUGAUGUCCGUGCGAGCGCACGUGGGGUGCAUUACUAGAAGACAUGCUCUCUCUGCUCUCAACGUUCACUUUGAAAACCCGUUCAAAAUAUUUUAUUCUUCACAUCACUAUUGUCUCUUAUGUAUAGUCUUAUCAUGAAGAAGCUUAUCAUGCUUUCAUUCGUUCAGCCUUUGUUUCUUUUGGAAUGCUAACCUGAAGCUUCAGCCCUUGACACACCACACGUUAAUCUCUUUAUUCAGACUCACUAAGUUGAGGUUUGUAAAAUGUGUUGCGGUCUUUUGACCCUUUUUAUUCAUUACAAAUGUAACAGACCCUGCUGUUGUAAGUAAAGCAUGACCUCAGAGCCACACGUCCUGUUGUCCAUUGUUCUCCACACACACAAGAAUUCAGCAGCCAAGGGACAAACUGUUGAUAUCAGUCCGUGUUUUAAUGUCAGUAUUUACCACAACUCCAUGAGAGUGAAGCAAUGCAAGUCUGUGGCAUGGCUUUUUUAUUCGCACAAAUAUAAAUUUACUUUAGAAUUUAAACCACAGAAACUCCAUAGCAGGUUUAGCAGGUCUCUUAUUCAUGCUGGAUUAUCCAGCUGUGAGUGAGCCUUUGAUGUCAUUUGUGACAUAAACGCUAUCAUGAUGGUGGUAACAUUUUACGCCUCUAAUGGAGAGACCCAUUCCAUGUGCUGUUUCAUGUGGCUGAAGCCCUGUUUGUGCUGCUUGGCUGAAUCCAUUGAAUGGCCUGUCCCGGUUCUCUGUGUGUGGGUCUUGGGAGAUGUUUUUAUAAUUCAGUCUGCUGUUUUUCAUUUAUUUUGUCUCAAACUCAGAAAAAAAAGCAUUCCUUAAAAGCAUCCAGUGGGAAUUGAUGAGUGUUGCUUGUUUUUGAGUGAAAUAGGAUCUGUAACUUUUUAGUUUACUAGAUUUGAUCAGGAAGUAUGAAUGCAACAGAUUUUUGUCAGUUUUGUAAACACAGUAACAGCAAAACACUGACAUUUAUGUAACUUGACGUGAACUUAUUUGAAUUCUGGAAUUAACAAUUUAAUUAAUACUUUCUUCUCCAACAACAGUGACCCCUCCCAGCUGCCACUAUGGCCCUGGUUCAGGCUCUGCCCAUAUCGGCUGAGCCUCACACCCCGAGCCACAGCGUUGGAGCUCGCAGACGUCACCCCUCUGGUCCUUCACCACCCAUCCACCCACCACCUUCGAUGGGUUCUGUCAGCAGCCUGGUCGCCGCUCGCCCUGUAACCUACCAGGAUCUGGGGGCCAGAGUCCGGCGUUCUACUGCUGGAACUUCCUGCCUGGGCUCCGAGUCUCCUCAGGAUCCGCUGCUGCACAACAUCCUACCCCUGAAGAACCAGAGCUGCACAACGUCUAGCAGAGUUCUGGAGGAGAGUGGGAACGGGAACUACACCUACAUAAACGAGGACUAUGUCGGUGACUGGAAUGAUAAUCAUGUUACUCCUGGCAGCCCUGAAAGCGACAGAGAGGACAUUAAAGUAGGGUUGGGAUUAAAUGGAAAACCUCCUCCGAGAUUGAUUCCAGUCUCUGGAAAACUCGAGAAGAACAUGGAGAAAACAGUGCUGCGGCCCACUGCCUUCAAACCCGCCAUUCCCAAAAGCCGCUCUUCCAUGCAGUACCUCUCCCCUCACCACUGUGCUAACGCAUCAGAAAGCCAAAACAACCUGAACCUGCUCAGCCCCGCCCACAGGGAUGCGUCACCGUCCUGCACUGAGAAACGCAGCUCCUACAGCGGAGGAAGGAACGCCAGCAAUGGUAGCAGCCAGUCCUGCUCGUUGUCCGACUCGGGCCGGAACUCCCUCUGCAGCCUGCCCCCUUACAACAGUGCCAGCUACAGCCUGGCGUCAGGGGACGCCCCAGCAGGUCACCUGGAGCCCACAAAGGGCGUCCCAUCAGUCGGUGCACAUGGCCAGACCAACUCAGACAGUGGACGCUCUUCCUCCAGUAAAAGCACUGGUUCUGGAUCGUUGGGGGGCCGAGGGCAGCCUCUGUCUGACAGCGGGUCUGGCGGACGCUCUCCUGGCCCCGUGGAGGGUUACGAAGGGGUUGUGAGGGAUCUGGAGGACAAACUGAGAGAGAGAGAGUUGGAGCUGCAGCAACUCCGAGACAAUCUAGAUGAGAAUGAAGCUGCAAUAUGUCAGGUUUAUGAGGAGAAGCAGAAGCGCUUUGAGUUGGAGCUGGAGGAGCUGAGGCAGAGCUGUGCCACCAGGAUGCAGGUAGCUUCUCAGAAGGCCCAGAGGGCUCAGCAGGUGCUUCAGCUGCAGGUUUAUCAGCUCCAGCAGGAGAAGAAGAAGCUGCAGGAGGACUUUGCUCAGCUUCUGAAGGAGAGGGAGCAGCUAGAGGAGCGCUGUACUUCCUACGAGCAUGAGAAGAUCCAGCUGGGACCCCGGCUGGAGGAGACCAAGUGGGAGGUGUGCCAGAAGUCAGGAGAAAUCUCCCUGCUGAAGCAGCAGCUGAAGGAGGUGCAGAGUGAGUUGGCUCAGCGAGUUGGAGAGAUCGUCUCACUGCGGAGUCAGCUUCGAGAUACCCGCGGUGAGCUGACCAACACCCAGGUUCUGCUCCAGGAGGCCCACGGCACAAACCGCACACGCACCAUGGAGCUGGAGGUGUGUGAAAACGAGCUCCAGCGUCGAAAGAGUGAAGCGGAACUGCUCAGAGAAAAGGUAGGACGCCUCGAGGGAGAGCUGGCUAAUCUCAAAGACACCUUGGCCAGUCAGGCAGCAGGUAACAGACAUUGUCAGGUGUUCCAGGACACAGAGGAGCACCUGCUUGCAUACGAGAGCGAUGAGGCGAAGGCCCACAGGCAGAGCAGCACCGAGGCCCUGCAGAACAUGAAAGUGCAGAUGGAAAGGCUGAAAUCAGACUUGGCCUUUGAGCGCCAGACGGUUGAGCAGCAAUCGGGAAGCUUUGAGGAAGAGCGCAGGAUAUGGCAGGAGGAGAAGGACAAAGUAAUCCGCUACCAGAAGCAGCUGCAGGAGAACUAUGUGCAGAUGUAUCGCAGGAACCGAGAGCUGGAGCAGAUGCUGCAGGAGCUCAGUCUGGAACUGGAGAGCAGAGAGGAGGACGAGGGCAGCGGGAACGAGAUCAACUUUGACGAAAUCGCGGCGACAGAAAUCUGACACAUCUUUUUGUUGUUAUUUGCACUACCAUCUGCUAGGUGUUUUUCCUCCUUGUGCUGUCUAGAUGGAAAAAAGUGCUGUUUAUGUGACUAACAAGCAACCAACUGUGUCUGGUGUAAAACAGUGUGACGUGUGAAGUCCGCUCCACUUGAAAGCCGUUUGACCUUUAAACGUCAUUAACCGCAUCAGCUCUCCACGCCUUCAUUAAUGCCUGUGUUUGCACUGAACACACAACCGAGUCCCGGUGACUUUUCACAGCUUUGGAAGUUUUAUGUGCGUGCGUGUAAGUUCACCCAAACUUUCACCAUCCUCCUCCUGUGAUGGUUUUGACUCCGCCAUCCCAACUGCACUCAGCGCUACACUCCCACUCUGUCAGCAGCCGGCUACACUUCGCUUGUUUGCGGUGAACGUGUCAUCCACACGUUCACUGUGUCCCCGUAAGAGUAAUCGGAGACUUCGGUGGCUGUGCUAUGUGUGACAUGGAUGGUGAUGAGGUUAAAUGGGAGCUCUGACAACUUACCAACCCUGAAAUGGGUGUUGGGGGCAACCUGUAUGACAAUGCUGAUGCUAUGACUCAUUUUAAAUUUGCCCCAUUUUUACACAAUCCAGUGGAAUAAAUCACUUUAGCAUGAAGCAGAAAGGUCAGUUUUCCUGUUUUGUUCAGAUAUCCCCAGAUGUGUUAAAGGGGUACUUCAGCCAUUUGAAAGCUGUGUUAUUGUGUAAAAGUUAGAAAUUUUCCUGCUUUAUCGGUUGUAAAUAGCUUCCUUAAUGGUUCCUGUUCAGAGAAAUGGCUAAUGUCCUUUAGGGCUAAUGAGCUAGCAUCAUACAAUUCAUAGUGUUUCCUGUGACUCUAUUUUAGGCACAGUUGCUCUGCCUUUGGCUUUGCCUGAUUUAUUUAGACAGAAAUAUAAAAUUUCCGCUGGACUUGACCCCUAGAUGCAUCCAGGAAGUGCUGCGUUUUGCUACAGAUUUUCACUUUUGUAAAUAGAACUCCCAAAUUAAAGGGAGACAAGGCAGUUUUUGCUUGCUUUUAGCGCCUCCUAGUGUCCGUUUGUAGAGCCCAAAGCAAAGCCUUGCUGUGCGAUCAUCCAUUUAACACCUUAAUCUAAAAGCUGCAACGUGCCCCUGCCUUCAUUUGUGUCUACAGGAUUCAUCAUCACUAAAUUAAACAAAUCAACUGUGAUCUAAAACAUGCAGGAAGCGUGCUGAAAGCAGCCUGCAGCCCCAGGCAUGUCGGCUCAUUUUUGUUUUCUAAGUUAAACGGAGCAGACCGGCAACUCUGAAGUUGCAAGUGGAAUAUUCUGGUCACACGGGGCGAUUGGGGCUGGGCGGCCCUUCGUCAACCCUAUAAAAGGGUAUUCAAUUCCAGGCACCGAUGGCCGGUAUCCAGCAUGUUUUAGUGGUUUCUCUGCUCCAACUUACUUGAUUCAGUGGUUUAAUCACCUGUGCAGCAGCUCAUCAGGCUCUGCAGAAGCCUGUUAAUCACCUGUCGUCUGAAAUCAGGUGUGUUGAUACAGAGUUAAAACUAAAACGUGUUGGAUAUCGGCCCUCCAGGCCCAUAAUUGAAUAUCCCUGCUGUAAAGGGUCGUUUUAGCAGAUGCUGGCUCAAGAAAAUGAUUUAACAAUAUGAAAAAGUUGCAAAGUAUCCCUUUAAUGGAUUGUAAAGGUUUACAAAAUAAUUUCACUCGAACCACUAUGAAAAUAGAUUUGAGCUGUUUUUUUUUUAUACAUGGAAUCAGUAAACUUUGUUUCAGCUCAUGCAGACUAGCCAUUAGCUCAGAAGUCCUGGAGGACAUUAACGCUGAUUUUUUUUAACCGAAGCUCUUCAAAAAGCUAUCUACACAACGAGUACGAUAGUGUAACUUUGACACAAACAACAUGGCUGAAUAAUCUCUUUAAGAUCAACAUUUUUUAACAUUUUCAUUAAAAAAAAACACACUAAUGAUGUUAAUUAUAACUUUUUUGCUCCAGACUCUAUAAUCUGCCCUGCCUUAUCACUCCUGUACGCCCUGUGCUGUGGUACUGUAGAGUCUGUGUGCUUGAUGUGCUCAGUGACGGAGGCCUUCUAAAAAGCAGAAACUGUUUCUUGAUGAGAAACUAAGUUUAUGUUCAUUAAAAUGUUGCUAAAUCCUGUGAUAGAAACAUGGUUCAGUCAUGAGUAAACCUGUUUUAUAAAGAAGUUUUAAUUAAAGAAGACCGUGUCACCACACUAAAUGAGCUCUCAACGGAAAUAUUCCCAAAGCUGUUUAUCUAUUACAUCACUAAUAAUGGAGAACUCUUGCACUGAAAGAUGUUUUGGAGUAAAGUCAGACUACUUCCCACCGAGCUUUUAGCAUUCUCAUGUACUUCCCUUUUUGAUUGAACCAUCUGUAAAUAAGGAUAUUUUGUUCCUAGAGCUGUCUGCUCAUCUCAAACAUAACCACUGUGAAUAGACCAAAGCUACACAUUUCCCACCCACAGAUGAAAAACCUGGAUAUUAUCGUUAGUGUGGAAGUUUGUUUUGGUUCCUCUGAUUAAAUUUUAUAAUCUGCAAUAUUUGUAUGAAGACAUUAAAUGUAUAUUUUCAUGCUGUACAUUUCUUGGACAAACACAGCAUGUUUUCAAUUAAACCAGUUUAACUUC